AAGUUCACCUUUUUUUUUGUUUUCUUGCAUUUUUGAGUAAAUUUAGAGAUACCCUUUUGCUUGAAUUGCGUUUAUAAGUGUAUAUUUAUGUGAUUCUGAUGUUCUUUAGAUGUUUGAAAUUUGCAGUAAGAGAUAAAAGUUUGAGUCUUGCAAUGGCUAAGAGUUCUUUCAAGGUUGAACAUCCUUUGGAGAGGAGACAGGCAGAAUCUUCUCGCAUUAGAGAGAAGUAUCCUGACAGAAUUCCGGUGAUUGUUGAGAGAGCAGAAAAGAGUGAUAUCUCCGACAUUGAUAAGAAGAAGUACCUCGUCCCAGCUGACUUGACUGUUGGCCAAUUUGUUUACGUGGUCCGAAAGAGGAUCAAUCUCAGUGCUGAAAUGGCCAUAUUUGUCUUUGUCAGAAACAUUCUGCCUCCAACUGCUGCUCUGAUGUCUGCAAUUUACGAGGAAAACAAGGAUGAAGACGGAUUCCUUUAUAUGACAUAUAGCGGUGAAAAUACAUUUGGUUUCCUCGAGCUUGGGAAUUAAUAUUUCAAGUUAACUAUCUGUAUUGUAAAUCUGCUACCACUUUGAUUUGUUCAUGGAUGGUUUAAGAUGACUUGUUUUUUGUUAAAGAAAUGCUCAUAAAAUGUACAGAUGACAAGUCUUUGCACACUUAUCCCAAUAUCUCUUUUAUCUUCA